AACAUUUACCGUCUUUUUUUAAAACAGCAAGUGAAGCUGAGCAGUCCAGACUACGUAGACUGUGACAAAGAGGAAGCUGUGGCCGACUUCCUCAAGAGGAUCGACUGUUACAAGUUGACCUAUCUCCCCCUGGACGACGACAAGGACAGGAAUCUGUCUUACAUUAAGAUCUUCAACGUGGGCAGCAGGUACCUGGUGAACCGGGUCCAGGACCACAUCCAGAGCAGGAUCGUCUACUACCUCAUGAACAUCCACGUCACCCCGAGAUCCAUCUACCUGUGUCGCCACGGCGAGAGCGAGCUCAACCUCGUGGGUCGCAUCGGGGGAGACUCUGGGCUGUCACCGCGCGGGGCAAAGUUUGCCAGUGCUCUGGGAGCAUACAUGCGAGGACAGUGCAUCAGUGACCUGAAGGUGUGGACGAGUCACAUGAAGAGGACCAUCCAGACGGCAGAGGCUCUGGGAGUCCAGUACGAACAGUGGAAGGCCCUCAACGAGAUCGAUGCUGGCGUGUGUGAGGAGAUGACCUAUGAGGCGAUUCAGGAGAAUUACCCAGAGGAGUUUGCACUGAGGGACCAAGACAAGUAUCGCUACCGCUACCCCAAAGGAGAGUCGUACGAGGACCUGGUCCAGCGUCUGGAGCCCGUCAUCAUGGAGCUGGAGAGGCAGGAGAACGUUCUAGUCAUCUGUCACCAGGCGGUUAUGAGGUGUCUGCUGGCCUACUUCCUGGACAAGAGCGCCAAUGAGCUUCCGUACCUGAAGUGUCCUCUGCACACGGUUCUGAAACUCACACCAGUCGCCUACGGUUGUAAAGUGGAGUCCGUCUUCCUCCACAUCGAAGCGGUCAACACACACAGAGACAAGCCCGAGAAUGUGGACGUGGACCGAGACCCAGCGGAGGCGUUAGAGACGGUGCCGGACCACAUCUAGAGGAGGAAUCAGACAAGCGAGCUGCUUUCAGCUGACGGAGAGAGAGGCCUUAUUUUUAACUGAAGUAAUUCUAGUGAUCGUUGUUCAUGUGGAAAACUCCUCGACAAUGAGAGGGAGUCAUGUCUCAGCCUACUUCCAUUGUAAAUGCACUUUAUUUAUAAUGUAGGGCUCAGGCCAGAUGUCGGACAGGAAGAGGAGCUUAGCCUAAAUACUCAAAACGGGGAAGCGGCUGGCUUAGCGGUGUUUGAAGGUCGGUUGAAGCUAGCUGCUAAAAUGAAGCUAAACAAUUAACGCACCGUGUCUCGGCGGACCCCUCCAAAGAAACGACAUGAAGUUGUGUGUUACCGUUGGCGUUUGUGUCGUUGUGCUAGUUAGGUUGUCGAUGUCUCCACAAGGCGCCUUCCGACAGCGGCUAGCGGUUUCCCCUUUAUUUAGUCUUUAUGCUAAGCUAAGUUUAUCACCUCACAUUAGGCACAGACACCAUGUGCCUCACGUAAUUUAAAAUAUACAUAACUCUAUGCACCCGACACGCACACGCACACCAGGUGUAGUGUGUUUGUGUUGUCGUAUGUUUUUAAUGGACCUUGGUCAUUUUAAUUAGUAACACAAGGGGACCUGGUGCGAUACGAAUAACUGUGGUGCAACGCGUCAGUUUUCUAAACAUGACGACGACCGAAACGUUGAAAACCUCGUGAACGUGUCGAUGUCGUUGGGUCUGUGGAGGCGGACGUCACCUGGUUCUCUGGGGAGCAUCAGUGAUACCUA